GCACAUGUCAAAUUCAAGAUGGCUGACAACCCACCCAAACAUUCUGAUGGCUCCUCCCAAUCCAAAAGUCGACCAGAGCGUUAUUCUCUGCAACAAGUAAUGAAAAUGCUGGGGUUAAUUGGUGGAGAAAACUCUGAGGUGGAGGAUUUAUCAGAUAUCGAUGAUCCUGUGGGAGAUGCUGAAUAUCAACCUCCUCCCACCAGCAGUGAAGAAGACAGUAGUGGGUGUGAGGACCCCGUGCCACAGCCCUGUCAGCCUAUCAGGGGACGCAAACGUUUGCGCGAGGAAUACGAGGGAUAUCGGUCAGAUCGUGACAUUGCCACAUCACGCACCCCCAGGCGUCGCUCUCAGACACCGCAGGAAGAGGCUGAUGUCUCAGGCAAUGUCUCUGAAGAUACAACACCAGGACCCAGCCAUGAAGAACAGAACAACAAAGGGCGUGGAAUGCGAUGGAAGGCUUCUUCGCUUACCCCACAUCAACCUCCGUUUGACCACGAGGAGGAAACUGUUCAUGACAGAGAAGGCUGGACCCCCCUGGACUACAUACAACAGUAUAUUGACACAGAUUUGAUAAAAAUCAUUGCAGAUUGCUCAAAUGCUACAUCACUGUCUAGAAGUGGAGAUCCACUCAACACAACAGCUGAUGAAAUUUUUCAUUUUUUUGGUGCCUGUAUUUUGAUGUCUUGUGUACCAUAUCCUGCAAUCAAGAUGUAUUGGUCUAAAUCCUUGAGAUUCCCUGCCAUCACUGAAAAGUUCACACGUGAUAGAUUCUUCCGACUGAGGAGGUCACUCAAAGUGCUCAUUGAUGAGGAUGUUCCAGAAGAUCUGAAAGAGUGUGACAAGUUCUGGAAGGUGAGGCCUUUUCUCAACCGCAUUCUGAAAGGCUGCAAAUCUCAGGCUCGGCCACAGUGCGUUUCCAUUGAUGAACAGAUGAUUCCAUUCACAGGAGCUUGUCCAUGUCGACAAUAUCUGCCGAUGAAACCAAACCCAGUUGGCAUCAAAAACUUUGUUUGCGCAACAUCAGAUGGUAUAGUACUGGACUUUGAGAUUUAUCAAGGUGCAGAUGGACUCCGUGAACAAGUUGAAGAACCAGGGAAUCUGGGUUUGGGAGGCUUGGUGAUCGAUCGUCUGUCUCAGACUCUGCAUCCUAAUACAAAUGUGUACUGCGAUCGAUUCUUCACAUCAAUCCAGGCAGUGGAACACAUGAUGAAGAAGCAUCUGUAUAUAACUGGUACAGUUAUGAGGAAUCGAGUUGCUGCUGCAGCGCAGAAAUUGCCAAGUGACAAGACCAUGAAAAAAAAUGGAAGAGGAACCUCAGCACAAGUUACCAAUCUGGAUGGAAACAUUUAUGUCACCAAGUGGUUUGACAAUAAACCAGUGUUGAUGAUGUCUACUGUACAUGCGAGAGAGCCAGAAGACACGUGCCAGCGAUGGGACAAGAAACUGAAACGGCAUGUGACCAUCUCUCGACCAUUUGUUAUCCGUGAAUACAACUCCAAGAUGGGUGGAGUUGACCUUGUGGAUAGAAUGAUGAGCUACUAUCGAAUGAGUGUCCGUACAAAAAAAUGGACACUGCGGAUGCUGAUGCACUUUACCGAUCUGGCUUUAGCCAACAGCUGGCUACUGUACCGCAAAGACCUCACUCUGAAUGACACACCAAAGAAAAACAUCAUGCAGUUCCUUCAAUUCCGCAUGGAAGUGGCCAUGACCUUCUUGGCUCAGAGAGACAAUGACAACUCUGACUUUCCAGAGCAGGAAGAUGACACAGACGUUUCAGUCCAAGGGAAAUUGCGUCCAGUGCAGGAAGUGCCCCACAUCUCAUUCCGCAGAAAGGGUAAUGCACAUCUGCCAGAAGUGGUACACUCAAAGAACGCAUCACGAUGCAGAGCAAAAGGAUGCUCAGGGAAAACUCGAGUGCAGUGUGUUACAUGCAAGGUGUUCCUCUGCUUACAGGCAGAUCGCAACUGUUACGCUGCCUUUCAUACAUAGGCAUGAACAUUUUCCCAAGGCAAAAAAAUGUUGGAGCACUUUUG